AUGGACGCUCAUAUGAACAUGCUGGAAAAUAAAACAACAGGGAAACUUCAAAAGCAGAUUUGUCAAGUCGUUCUGGAUCAUUUUGAGAAGCAGUACACAACGGAACUGGGAGAUACGUGGAUCAGUGUCAGAGAUGUACUCACAUACCCGUUGUGCUGGCAGUACGCUGUCCUGCUUAACAAGUUCGGCCAGUCCACUGAACUGGAGAACAUCUUGCGUGUGAAGGGAUAUCAUCCUGCCUUUCAAGGACCUUUGCCCUAUCUUCCGGCAUCAUUGAAGUGUUACAUUAGGAGAACUCCUGGGAGAUUCCCUGCACAAAAACACCAGGCUGGAAAACUGAAAGACUAUUAUCUGCUGAAUGCUGCUUCGCUGUUGCCAGUGCUGGCAUUAGAAGUGAAAGAUGGGGAAGAUGUUUUGGAUCUCUGUGCUGCACCAGGGGGUAAAUCAGUAGCUAUGCUGCAGUGUGCCUAUCCAGGUCAGUUUCACUGUAAUGAGUAUGAUGAUGUGAGAUCAAGAUGGUUGGAACAAACAAUAGAAUCCUUCAUCCCGGAUCCUUUGAUUAACUUAAUAACAGUCUCUAAACUGGAUGGUAGACAGAUUGGAGAUCUUAAACCUGAAUUAUAUGACAAGGUACUGGUUGAUGCUCCUUGUUCAAAUGACAGAAGUUGGCUAUUCUCUUCUGAUAUUCAGCAAGCUACGCUUAGGCUAAUACAAAGGAAGGAGUUAUCUUCUUUACAAUUCCAGCUGCUAAGGUCUGCUAUUAAAGCGUUGCGUCCUGGUGGAUCUCUGGUCUAUUCUACAUGCACUCUCUCAAAGGCAGAAAACAGCGAUGUAAUAAAUCUCAUUCUAAACUCCUGCAGUAACGUUAUGCCCGUAGACAUAAGUGAAAUGGCCAAAGCUGUUUCUCAGGAAUUCACUUUUCUCAGUGGUACACAAGAGCAUGAACUUCUGGUUCUCCCAGAGAAAGGGAGAGCAUGGGGUCCAAUGUACGUAGCUAAAUUAAAGAAAAUGUAGUCCAUCUGAUGCCUGUUAGUUUUUUUUAUAAGGGAUAUGUGAUAAAUUAAUAUUUAUUUCUAAUAU